CCACCACACGUCGGAGAAUGACUCCGCGUUUCCUCCUCGCCGGUACGAAAAGAGGAGCUCUUUCUCUGCAGACUCUUCUCUGCUCUGGUGCUAGUGUACGUGUACUGUCGUUGAUGCCUGCUGUUGCUCGAUGUGCUGAUUCGCCAUCGGAAUAAUCCGUGGCUUGGAUAAGGCUUUUGAGGUCGCAGUAGGAAAGCUACCUCCGACGUCAGACCCCUUUGGAAACUAGGCUGUAUUCUUCGAUGCUCUUAGAAUUUGCGUCGUUUUCCUUCGAAAUCUCUACCCCUAUGAAAGGGCGAAGAAUCCUCCCAUGCGAUCGAUCGGCCACGUCGACGCACAAGUCUUUUUUCGUUUCGCGUGGGCUGUGGGACUGGUUGGGCCAUCGUAGUUGUCGUGUGGUGGGCUUUGCUAGCAGGUGCGUUCGCGUGUCUUCUGGAACGCUCCAUCGUCGACGCCUAUGCGGUUCCGGGGGUGUGUUCGAGAAGGCGCCUCAUCGUGGGCGAUUGGGUGCUGGCCGAUGUGGUUCCGGGCACCGUGCCGCCUCCAGUUGCUAGCUCUCCGUCCUCCGGCUGCCCCGUCCGGCCGUCCCACUCCUCCGAAGCCGCGACGGCGGUGCCGCUCCCGCUCGAUCAGCCGUUGCUCGCCGCGCCCCGCGGCUGCCUCAUUUCCCGCGUCCCUUCGCUUAUUCUCCGGUUCUCCCUCCCGCCGCUGCGCGCCGCCAAUCCCCUUCGAUCUGUCGUCUUGGGGUUUCUUUGUUUGUCCAGGUUCGUUCGGAUUUUGGUUCUUUUUGCCUUGCUAGGCGCGGUGUGUUCGUGCCCGUCUUAUUUGUUGCCCAACGCCGCUACCUCGCCAUGUGCUCCUUACUCUCUUCCUGCAGCCAUGUAGUGAGCCACCAAGGUCGACAUGCCGCGCGGGCGCCUGCUGCGUGGCAUGGGGCCGGAGCUGGGAAAGAUUGGAGGGCGGACCAUCAGGCCAGGGGCGCUCGCCAGUCAAGUUCGUAGUCGCCACACGGGCGCCUCUGUCGCCAAGAAGGUGCUCGACAAGGCCACCGUCGUCAACCACCGUAUGAUGCACCUGGUGCCUCUUUUGAAUAAACCAUGUCUAGAGAGUAUCACCCCGGAGGAAGAACCCGGAGCCAACGAAUUUUUACAGAUUAAAACGUCGGAUGGUUUGUAUGCCUACAGUUGGAAGAACUACACUUCGAAGAAGGAUGCUUUCCAAGAUGGAAGAAUAUGCCAAGAGGCUACUUUCUGGAUACAAAAGUUCUCUCUGGUGUCCAAAGUUUUGUCGUGUGCUUGUUGAGGAAGCUGCUUGGAAAAGAUGAUAUAUUUCUUAUCUGAACGGUAUGUUUCAAUCUCAGAGCUUGGAUACAUAGUCUAGGUUGACAUGUUCCUUUGGCGGUUGUCAAUGCUGGCAUUGCUGGGUGUUGCUUGCCUUGCCUUGAGCUUUCCAGGUAUAUUUACAUUGAACUAGUGUUAUUUUCACAUUAUGUUAGUGCACUUGACGAUGGUCUGGUCUACUGUCCCUAAUAUGGAAAAAGUUGCAGUGCUAUAUAAUACAGUAUUUGGUAGCCUUAUCCAUCUUUUGUUCAGUAGAAGAUUUAUUCCCUGAGUGUUACCCAGGCUUUAGUUUUCUUUUAAUUGGCCACAAAUUGUCGCUUUUCUAAAAACUUUAAAGAAAUAUUCUGAAUACAUGCUCAAAAUUAGAUUCGUUGAUUGUCUUGUGCUUGAAUUGUGUUUUUUUAUUUAAGCAAUGGCCUGAAAGUAAUCUUUCGCUUGAUGUCAAUUACCCUUGAAGCAAGGUCACGAGGAUCUUGAUGCUGCUAGCUUGCAGGAACACGAGGAGUUUACAAAGGUGAAAUAUAGGGAAUAUGGAACUUGGGAAAAACUAUGAGAUAGAUACCUGGUAAUUCUCUCCUUUCCCACCAGAGUACAAUGACUCCACAAAGCUAUUUUACUGUGAGUUUUGCCUGAACUUCAUGAAGUGCAAAGAACAGCUCCAGAGGCACAUGAAGAAGUGUGAUCUUAAGCAUCCUCCAGGUGAUGGAAUCUACAGAUGUGGAGCUUUGUCGAUGUUUGAGCUCUUUAAUUUCUCCAUGUAGAUUGAAUUCAGUGGAGUCAUGGAUCAAAACCUGAAGGUUUGCUUUGCAAUUUGAAGGGCACAACACCUUUUUUAUGCAUUUUUGUCUUCAUUGGAAGAAGCUCCAGGCUAUGGAAUCAAUGAACUGGCCACACAUAGUGAGCUCCUUCAUGUUCAUUUGAAAAUGGGGAAAUAUUUUGAGGCCAUGGUGAGGGCAGGAGACAUAAAGCUCUCAAAGAGGUACGCCCCAUAGGGCCCCUCUAUUGCAUCACAUAUGCCACGCUGGUGUAAUUGGCUCCUUCAUGUUUGUCAAUUAUACGACCGAUAAAAAACAAAGCAAAAUAUAUGCUUUCUAUAAAGGUAGCUAUUUCUGCAGGGUGUUUUGCACCAACAAGCAUAAUGCUGCUAAUAUAUAUCUUGGCUAUUCCAGUUCUCAUCUUCUGGUUGUAUUGGGUUGAGAUCAUUGUAACCGGGGUUAAUCUGUUUAGAACAUGUAGGAGGGUAGUAAAAAAAACUAAAAUCUCCAGGUUGAUGGAAGCUUCCUUAAUGUGCAUGCUUCAGGGUUUAGUGUGCUAUUUUAGAAAGAUCUUUAAGUUCAUACUUCUUAAAAGACUCGAAAUCGAAGAGAAUAUAAGAUAACAACCUAAGGAACGGCAUAAAAUCCUCAAACCCACACCAUUCGCAUGUUAGACAGUGUGGCAGCGAAUCGCGAUUUUUCAUCUAGUUUGUACAGAAUUGCCGGAUCCCGAGCCGUGGGCUGCCACGGUGCUUGGGUUGGGUUUGUCGUCGAGGGUGUAAUGGCAGCUGGGAGCACGGGGCUUUUUAAUGGGCCGAUCGAGAGCCCAGACCGAGUGUAUGGCGGCACACAAGCAGCCGCGGCAGACGUACAUACCCGUGCCCCUCCUCCUAACGCAGUACUACCACGUCGCAUCGCCCGGGCUAUAACUGUUCCUCGAUGUGUUUCGUUGCCCGAAUUACUCCAACACGUCCUCGUCACGUGCCGGUACGUGCCCUACCAUGGUCUAGCUAUUUCUCGGUUGCCUGUUAUUUAAUGGUUUGCCCUUAAAUAACAGUCGACAGUUCCUGACCAUGAGAUCAAGAUCCGACGGCUGGAUCCAGGGAACUUCCAGCAUGUAUAGACUCCCUGCCUUCCGACUGUAGGCUUCCGUGGACUUUUGGGCUUUUCUGUUGUGGCUUUUUUUCCUGACAUGGACUUUUUCCAUCUUCUUUUUUUUUCCGGUUGGGCUCUGAACAGUAUCAACUUGGCCUAUGUUACACAUUCGACUUGGGCUUACUUCUGUUUUUUUUCGGCUGGGUGUAAGCAUGUCAUCUUUUUCAUUUGAAGGGUUCCCUACUCCGCCGGCGGUUCUGUCUCCGGUGAUGAGUUCCUGUUGAUUUCCGAUCCGAUUUCCCUUCUCUCUCUGUUUCUGCGGGUCGUUCGGGCUGAUUAAGGGGACAACUAGCUUGUCUGCCCGGCCUUGGUGACUUGUAGAUUCAGAUUAGGGUUUUUAGAUCGAUAGUUUUUGUUAUCCUUUUGGCGGUGAUUCACUUCUCGGCGAGAUGGCAAGUACUUCGGGCGCUUCUGGGGCUGGCAACGGAGGUAUGGGUCUGGAGAGUGCUAUGAAGAACCUGGUGUUGCGUGAAGGGGAGAUGGAUGAUGUGGUGAUCGGUGAAGUGGAGGCGGCGGCAAUGGAAAAGGAGGCGCAUUGGCUCGCUCUGGCUAGGGUCCAUACCUCCAGACCGUUCAACGUUACGGCAUUGUAUGAUACUAUGAGAUCAAUCUGGGGUUUGGCGCAGGACUUUUAUCACCGGGAGGUUGAUGAUAACAUGUUCGUCUUCAAGUUCUUUUGUUUGGGUGAUUGGAAGAAAGUGCCGAACCAGGGUCCUUGGCUGUUCCGUGGAUUCACGGUGGUUCUCCACGACUAUGAUGGGAGAUCGGACAAGUCCUUGCUCCCAAUGAACUACACGGCUGUUUGGGCGCAGAUUCAUGGGAUCCCCGAUCUCUACUGCUGCCCACAGGUGGUAGAUCAGCUUGCUCGCCGUAUCGGUAAAGUCCAGAGUGUUGAGCUAAACCCUGUGAAGUAUUAUGAGGGAGAUUAUGUCAGGAUACGUGCGAGCAUUGAUGUUCGAGUGCCUCCAAUUAGAUUUGUACCUCUCAAAUUGCCAGAUGAGGGGCUCUUGCUAGAUGUAAAGUAUGAGAAGAUAGGCUUUUUAUAUGAGGUGUGUGGUCACUUUGGCCAUAACCAGGAGGAAUGUGGUGAUGGUGUUCAUGACGAGAGCGAGCUGCAGUAUGGCAAGUGGAUGGUGGCCAAGCGUCGUGUCUCGGCCACGAGUUUAUCUUUCGGUGCAAGAACGCCUGUUCCCGGACGCCGGGGUGGUGGCAGAGGAUUUGGAGGUAGGGGUAGAGAGUCAAGCUCGCUGAAAAGAUCCUCGCAAGAGGCUGACCUUAGCACGGAGGAGGAGCUUGCUGAUUCAGCUAUGAGCCCAGCAAAGAAUCCCGCGCCUAGCAAUGGGAAGUAUGUGAUUAAUUCGAGUGCAAAGAAGAAGCUUGACGUAGGAGGUGCGGAAGUUCCUGCGGAUGCUGAUAAUGAUGUGGCCAUGUCGGAGGAAAAACAUGACAGUGGGACAAACCUUGGGCUAGUCCCGCCACCACCACCACAGUACGUCAAGCCGAAGGAUCAUAAGCGUGUGAAGCAGGGGGGUCCCUUUCAGUGGCACAAACCGACGAGGAGAUAUCGGCGGCCUCCAUGGAGGAGGACCGCCGGACGCAAUGAGUAUAUUAAGCUGGAACUGUCGCGGGAUUGGCAACGACGCGACAGUUCGCGAGCUUCGCACUUUGGUGCGACGGUUUGCCCCCUCGGUGCUAUGUCUCCAAGAAACUCAAGUUGGUAGUACGAGGGCCCAAAACCUUGCUUUUACUUUAGGUUUUCGUAAUAGCUUUGCUGUUAGUAGCUCUGGCCGGAGUGGGGGUCUUGCUGUGUACUGGAAUGAUGAUCUUUCUAUGAAUUUAAUUCAUUA